UAUGUUUAAAGAGGGCUCGGUAACAGCUGGCCACUGUGGUUUUUAACAGACAAACAGGAGGAAGCGACUAUAACGGCAAACUGUUGUGGGAAAGAAUUAAAUAGAGAACUUGCAGGUCGUGACAUCGAUAAGUCAUCAUGAGUCCGAAACGUGUUGUGUUUAAGAAAGUCUCCCGCGACAAGUCGGUGGCCGUCUACAUGGCCAAGAGAGACUUCGUGGAUCACUGUGACUACGUGGAUCCAGUCGAUGGAGUUAUUGUGAUCGAUCCGGUGCAGCUCAAAGGAAAGAAAGUGUACGUGAUGCUGUCGUGUACAUUUCGGUACGGCCGUCAGGACAUGGAUGUGAUGGGCGUGGCCUUCAGGAGGGACCUGUUCCUGGUGACUCGGCAGGUUUACCCCGAGCUGCAGGACAAAGAGAAGCUGACCCACACCAAGAUCCAGGAGAAACUGCUGCGAAAGCUUGGAGACAACGCCUUCCCCUUCUUCUUUGAGUUUCCUGACAACCUGCCGUGUUCUGUGGCUCUGCAGCCUGGACCGUCUGACGUGGGAAAAAAAUGUGCGGUGGAGUUUGAGGUGAAGGCGUUCUGUGCUGAGAAUCAGGACGAGAAGAUCGACAAACAGAGUUCAGUUCGUCUCUCCAUCCGUAAGGUCCAGUUCAGUCCAGAGGACAGUCAGGUGGUUCCAGUAGCCGAAACCACCUUUGAGUUCCUGAUGUCUGAAAAACCUCUGCACAUCAAACUCAGCCUGCCCAAAGAGACGUUUUACCACGGCGAGCCGGUCAAAGCCAACGUUGAGAUCACCAACUCAUCCAGCAGGAACAUCAAAGACAUCAGUGUGUCAGUUGAACAGGUGACCAACGUUGUUCUGUACUCUAAUGACAAGUACGUCAAAUCAGUGGCCAAAGAAGAGAUUGGUGACUCUGUGCCCUCUGGGACCAGUCUGAAGAAGGAGUACACUCUGUAUCCUCUGCUGGCUCACAACAAAGACAGGAGAGGACUCGCUCUGGAUGGACGACUCAAACAUGAAGACACCAACCUGGCUUCAUCCAGCAUUGUGAAGGAGGAGGUGCUGAAGGAGGUUCAGGGGAUUCUGGUCUCCUAUAAGGUCGUGGUGAGGAUGAUUGCAUCUGGGACGGUGGGAUCCAGUGAGGUCUCUCUGGAGCUUCCCUUCAGACUGAUGCAUUCUAAACCUGAUCCAGCCAAGGAGGGCGAGUCUGACGACAUGGUGUUCGAGGAGUUUAAGCGAGUUUACCUGAAGGGGCUGAUCGGAGACGACGACGAGUCUCCUACUGAGGCGUGAAGAAGAACUAAGACGUGUCUGCUCCUGCUGUCAGUCGCCAUCACAGCUGAACAGAAACACAGUUUGACUUGUAGAAGAUUCUCAUCAGACUGCUGCAGAGUUUAAUAACCUCCUGAUGUUUCCUCUUGCUUCAGAAUAGAUCACUGUGGUUCAUACUGAGGCUGCGAUGAACUCUGCAGCCUGCAGGAGGCGACACUUAAGUCCAACACACAUCAGACGUGUCGCUUCUUAAAAACUCACUUAAAAAAAUCUCUAAAUCUGAUGAUUCUUGGAGACAUUCAGCUUCUAUUUAGAACCACAAGAAUCACAAUGAAACCCGUGUUUUCUCACAUUUAUUGGACAUAAAACAAACUGUUUAAUAAACUGUUUCUGUCACAUCUUCACAUCAGCGAGCAGACAGUCAGCGUUCAGAUUAAUGUAGAAGCUUGUUAAUCUGCCUUGUGAUCAAAUAAAUGUCAUAGUUAGACUUUAGAUGCAUUUUGAAACAACUUAAAGAUAAAAUAUCAUGUUUAUAAAUGUAAAUCUGAUGCGUUAAAGGCUUUUAGAGUUGAUUUAAUCUACUUCAUUCAUGACGUCGUAGUUAAACCUGUUUUUACUUAUUUUUCUUUACAACAUUUUAUUCUGUCAUUUAUUGCAUGUUUGUUUCAGGUAGACACACAUAGAGGUCAGAGGUCAGAGGUCAGAGGUCAGAGGUGGUUGGAACCUGCAGCCUCCUUCUGUCAAACUGUGAUAAGUUUAAACUCUGAUAUUUUAUGUAUUAAACUGUAUUAAAGUGUAAAUAGUUACA